AUGUCACUGCUGUGUGUUGGAGUCAAAAAAGCCAAGCUUGAUGGACCGCAAGAGAAGUUCAACACCUACGUGUCGCUGAAGGUGCAGAAUGUUAAGAGCACCACCAUCGCCGUGCGCGGCAGUCAGCCCUGCUGGGAGCAGGACUUCAUGUUCGAGAUUAACCGGUUGGACCUGGGCCUGACGGUGGAGGUGUGGAAUAAAGGCCUGAUUUGGGACACCAUGGUGGGCACGGUGUGGAUCCCCCUGAGCAACAUUCGCCAGUCCAACGAGGAAGGGCCAGGGCAGUGGCUGACCCUGGACUCCCAGGUCAUCAUGGCGGAGAAUGAAAUCUGCGGCACCAAAGACCCCACCUUCCACCGCGUGCUUCUGGACACGCGCUUCGAGCUCCCUCUGGAUAUCCCGGAAGACGAGGCGCGCUAUUGGGCGAAGAAACUGGAGCAGCUCAACGCCAUGAGGGACCAGGAUUACACGUACCAGGAAGAGCAGGAGAGGCAGCUUCCUGUCCCGGCGUCCCAGUGCUGUAAUUGGAGUCUGUGGGGAGACCAGCAAAACGAUGACCCGGACAGCGCCGUCGACGACAGGGACAGCGACUACCGCAGCGAGACCAGCAACAGCAUCCCUCCCCCCUACUACACCACCUCCCAGCCCAAUGCCUCCAUGCACCAGUAUCCCAUGAGGCACCAGCACGGCUCCCUCGGGAACUACAACGAGGUGCAAGGCAGCGAUAUGGACUACGACUCCCAGAGGGCCAUGAGCCCCACGGGGAGCAGCCGCUACGCCUCCUCGGGCGAGCUGAGCCGCGGGAGCUCCCAGCUGAGCGAGGCGUUCGGCCCGGAGGACGGGGAGAGCCUGCGGGGCUCCGAGCCCUACGACGAGAACGACUCGUACCACUCCUGCCACUCGUCCGUCAGCUACGGCAAGGACUCGGCGGGCUGGGACCCGGACGAGCCGCAGGGGGCCUACAGCGACGAGGGCGGCUACGUGAAGGACGGGGGCGAGGAGGGCGCCCUGUACGACGAGGAGGAGGGGCGGCUCUACGAGCCGGAGGAGGAGGAGGACUACAACUACGAGGACGAGGAGGAGGAGCCCUACGAGGAAGACGAGGAUCUCUACCCGCUGGACGGGGCCCUCAGCGAGGACCAGGAGCCCCCGUACACGCCCACCCCCACGGGCGCGGCCCCCGCGCUGGCCCUGGACCCCGCGGCCCCCGCGCUGGCCCUGGACCCCGCGGCCCCCGCCCGGCCCCCUCUGGAGAAGCAGCCCUCUCUGCACCAGCAGCAGCAGCCCGGUCCGGCCCCGGCCACGCCCGCCUCGCCGGCCCAAUUCCCGGCCCCCACGAAGCUGCCGGCGUCCGCCCUCCAGCCCCCCGCCCCCGCGGUCCUGCCCCCCGCCCCCACGGCCAAACCCCCCAUGGAAAAACAGCCUUCUCUGGGCGAAAAGCCCCCUGUCACUGAGAGUGCCCCUGCCACACCUCCAGUGGAGGCCGAACCCCAACCCGACAGUUACCCGCGGAGAGAUGAGGGUCAGGACUCCAUGUCACGAGCCAAGGACAACUGGCUACGUCUCUUCAACAAAGUUCGGCUGCAGCUGCAAGAGGCCCGUGGGGAGACGUCGGGCUCCCAGUCGUUGUGGUUUCAGGGGGGGCCAGGAGGGGCUCUGUAUAGCAUCGACAGCAUGCCGGACCUGCGGAAGAGGAAAGCCAUCCCUCUCGUUAGAGAUCUGUCUUUAGUGCAGAACUCGCGUAAGGCAGGAAUCACCUCAGCGUUGGCCUCCAGCACGCUGAACAACGAGGAGCUGAAGACCCACGUGUACAAGAAGACCCUGCAGGCCCUGAUCUACCCCAUCUCCUGCACCACGCCCCACAACUUCGAGGUGUGGACGGCCACCACGCCCACCUACUGCUACGAGUGCGAGGGGCUGCUGUGGGGCAUCGCCCGCCAGGGCAUGAGGUGCACCGAGUGCGGGGUCAAAUGUCACGAGAAGUGCCAGGACCUGCUGAACGCCGACUGCCUGCAGAGGGCGGCGGAGAAGAGCUCCAAACACGGGGCGGAGGACCGCACCCAGAACAUCAUCAUGGUGCUGAAGGACCGGAUGAAGAUCCGGGAGAGGAACAAGCCCGAGAUCUUCGAGCUGAUCCAGGAGGUGUUCGCCGUGAUCAAGGCCACCCACGUCACGCACAUGAAGCAGAUCAAGCAGAGCGUGCUCGACGGGACGUCCAAGUGGUCCGCCAAGAUCAGCAUCACGGUGCUGUGUGCCCAGGGUCUCCAGGCCAAAGAUAAGACGGGCUCCAGCGAUCCGUACGUCACCGUGCAGGUGGGCAAGACCAAGAAACGGACCAAGACCAUCUACGGCAACCUGAACCCCGUGUGGGAGGAGAACUUCAACUUCGAGUGCCACAACUCUUCCGAUCGGAUCAAGGUCCGGGUAUGGGACGAGGAUGACGACAUCAAGUCUCGCGUGAAGCAGAAGUUUAAGAGGGAAUCAGACGACUUUCUGGGCCAGACCAUCAUCGAGGUCCGCACUCUGAGCGGAGAGAUGGACGUUUGGUACAAUCUGGACAAGCGUACGGACAAGUCGGCGGUGUCUGGGGCCAUCCGGAUGCACAUCAACGUGGAGAUCAAGGGAGAGGAGACGGUGGCGCCGUACCAUGUCCAGUACACCUGCCUGCACGAGAACCUGUUCCACUACGUGACGGACAUCCAGAACACCGGCGUGGUGAAGAUCCCCGACGCCAAGGGAGACGACGCCUGGAAGGUGUACUUCGAGGAGACGCCGCAGGAGAUCGUGGACGAGUUCGCCAUGCGCUACGGUGUGGAGUCCAUCUACCAGGCCAUGACACAUUUCGCCUGCCUGUCGUCCAAGUACAUGUGCCCCGGCGUGCCGGCGGUGAUGAGCACGCUGUUGGCCAACAUCAACGCCUACUACGCCCACACCACCCAGGCCACCAACAACGUGUCGGCCUCCGACCGCUUCGCUGCCUCCAACUUCGGGAAAGAGCGGUUUGUGAAGCUCCUGGACCAGCUGCACAACUCCCUGAGGAUCGACCUCUCCAUGUACAGGAACAACUUCCCAGCUAGCAGCCCAGAGAGGCUUCAGGACCUGAAGUCCACCGUCGACCUGCUCACGAGCAUCACCUUCUUCAGAAUGAAGGUCCAAGAGCUGCAGAGUCCCCCUCGCGCCAGUCAGGUGGUGAAGGACUGUGUGAAAGCCUGCCUCAACUCCACCUACGAGUACAUCUUCAACAACUGCCACGAGCUCUACAGCCGCGAGUACCAGACCGAUCCCGCCAAGAAAGGAGAGGUGCCCCCAGAAGAGCAAGGCCCCAGCAUCAAGAACCUGGACUUCUGGUCCAAACUCAUCACCCUCAUUGUGUCCAUUAUAGAGGAGGACAAGAACUCCUACACUCCAUGCCUCAACCAGUUCCCCCAGGAGCUGAACGUGGGGAAGAUCAGCGCUGAGGUGAUGUGGAACCUGUUCGCCCAGGACAUGAAGUACGCCAUGGAGGAGCAUGAAAAGAACCGUCUGUGUAAGAGCGCAGAUUAUAUGAACCUGCACUUCAAGGUGAAAUGGCUGUACAACGAGUACUGCAAGGAUCUGCCUUUCUUCAAGAGCCGAGUGCCUGAGUACCCCGCGUGGUUUGAACCAUUUGUCAUCCAGUGGCUGGAUGAAAAUGAGGAAGUGUCGCGAGACUUUCUGCAUGGUGCCCUGGAGAGGGACAAAAAGGAUGGGUUCCAGCAGACGUCCGAGCAUGCUCUGUUCUCCUGCUCCGUGGUGGACGUCUUCUCCCAGCUCAACCAGAGCUUCGAGAUCAUCAAGAAGCUGGAGUGCCCCGACCCGCAGAUCGUGGGCCACUACAUGAAGAGAUUCGCAAAGACCAUCAGCAACGUGCUGCUUUCCUACGCUGACAUCAUCGCCAAGGACUUUGCCAAUUACUGCUCCAAGGAGAAAGUGGUGAGACCCUGCAUCCUGAUCAAUAACAUUCAGCAGCUGCGAGUCCAGCUGGAGAAGAUGUUCGAGGCAAUGGGAGGCAAAGAUCUGAACGUGGAGGCCAGUGACAUCCUGAAAGAGCUCCAGGUGAAGCUCAACAAUGUCCUGGAUGACCUGAGCAGGGUCUUCGCCACCAGUUUCCAGCCCCACAUAGAGGAGUGCGUGAAGCAGAUGGGGGACAUCCUGAGCCAGGUGAAGGGGACGGGCAACGUGCCAGCCAGCGCCUGCAGCAGUGUGGCCCAGGACGCCGACAACGUCCUGCAGCCCAUCAUGGACUUCCUGGACAGCAACCUCACGCUCUUCGCCAAGAUCUGCGAGAAGACGGUGCUGAAGCGCGUUCUGAAGGAGCUGUGGAAGCUGGUGAUGAACACCAUGGAGAAGACCAUCGUCCUGCCGCCCCUGACCGACCAGACGGGCACUCAGCUCAUCUUUAAUGCUGCCAAGGAGCUGGGCCAGCUUUCCAAGCUCAAGGAGCACAUGGUCCGCGAGGAGGCCAAGGCGCUCUCUCCCAAGCAGUGUGCGGUGGUGGAGCUGGCUCUCGACACCAUCAAGCAAUACUUCCACGCGGGAGGGGUGGGGCUGAAGAAGACCUUCCUGGAGAAGAGCCCUGACCUGCAGUCGCUCCACUACGCCCUCUCCCUCUACACCCAGGCCACCGACAAGCUCAUCAGGACCUUUGUGCAGUCCCAGAAUGCACAGGGUUCGGGGGUGGACGAUGCUGUGGGAGAGGUGUCCAUCCAUGUGGAGAUCUUCACCCAUCCCAACACGGGCGAGCACAAGGUCACGGUGAAGGUGGUGGCGGCCAAUGACCUGCGGUGGCAGACGUCCGGGAUAUUCAGGCCCUUCGUCGAGGUCUUCAUCAUUGGACCGCACCUCAGUGACAAGAAGAGGAAGUUUGCCACCAAGUCGAAGAAUAACAGCUGGGCCCCCAAGUACAAUGAAACCUUCGCUUUCACCCUGAGCAGCGAGGCGGGGCCAGAGUGCUACGAGCUGCAGGUGUGCGUGAAGGACUACUGCUUCGCCCGGGAGGACCGCACGGUGGGCAUGGCGGUGCUGCAGCUGAAGGACGUGGCGGCCCGGGGCAGCGUGGCCUGCUGGCUGCCGCUGGGCAGGAGGAUCCACAUGGACGAGACGGGCCUGACCGUGCUGCGCAUCCUGUCCCAGCGCAACAACGACGACGUGGCCAAGGAGUUCGUCAAGCUCAAGUCCGACCAGCGCUCGGCCGAGGAGGGCAGGGGCAGCUAAGGCCCGCUCUCAGGGACGGGGCCCCAAACUACCCUCGACACUGCCCUCUCUCUCUCUCUCUCUCUCUCUAUCUCUCCCUCACUCUCUCUCUCUCUUUCUCUGAGGUCACUUGCUCCUUUGCACUGACACAUACACACACAUACGUGUUCAACCAACCAGGUACACACAGAAAUGACUGCUGAGGACACGGCAACACACUCGGGUGUAUUGCCCAGCCUGCCGUACACCAAUCUCCCUUCCUCUGACUGAAACUGGAAACACACGAACACACACUGCCCUGUCUUACUACCUAUGGUGUCCUUAUAAGGGACAGACCCUGUCCACCGCUCCAGCAGUGUCCUCACUACGUGUUGAGUGAGAUAACCACACAGAAGCCACAUUACACUGAAACAGAUACACACUCUAAACAAACAGCCAGAGUCAAACUUAUAUUUACUACGUUUUGUAGUUACAUGUGAUUUAUUUUCACGUAAGAAACAUUUUUUGGAAAACCAAUGAUCAAAAGCAAAAAAAGAGUAGAGUGUAUUUAUCUAUGAGGGGCAGAAUAACAGCGUGCAGUUUAGAGAAAGAAGCUCUCUCCUUCCAACAUUCCCUCUCUCUUUAGUGAAAAAUUAUUGCAGAACUUCGUCAGGGUAUGUCUGUGUUCACAGGGUUAGAAGUUCUGUUGUUCCGCUUCGUUCACCCUCUCCCUCUCCUCCUGUCCGGCAAAAAACCAAGUUGGUAAAAAUACCUGGAAAAAUACCUCUGUUGGGCCAAUCUCAAAAACCAAGAGACUGAGACUGUGGGCUCUUUCCAAUUGUUUAUUUUUCACCUUUUACGUUCUUUUCCUGACCCGGAAAUCGAUUGAGGUCCACCAUCUUUCUGAUCCGCUAAAUGUGCCUUCUUAGAGCCAGAAGCCAAGUUAGGAUGCUCCCGAGGUUGACUUGAGCAAGAAAACAUGAGCGUACCCUUCGCGGAAGUAUUUUUUCAGAAUUGCGUGAGAAUGAUCAACCUGUGGAUCCACCUCUCCCCAUCUUCCACGCGUAUGCCACGUCUGUAACCGACGUGGCUUCGAAGUGACGCUUGAAGGAGCAAGGACAUUCCAUUUGCCUAAUUCACAUUUACUCGAUUCCCCCCUGUAUUCACCUCCUUUUCUCGCUUCUCCCACGAUUGAUGGAGCUAGGAGCAAGAGAAGGAGCAGGGAAAGGCAGAUGGAGCGGGAAAAUAACUGAUUGGAAAGAGCCCCGUGUAUAUCAGAGCUUCUCAAAUGUGGCCCUCCGGACCGGUAGUACUGCUGGUUUUCAGCUUUCCCCUCAAAUCAUUUGAACAUGACGGACGUGUUGAGUGUAAACUCUGGCCAAAUCACUGACGUUAUUGGACUAUGAACCAGCAGUACUGCUAACCUUAAAGGGGCAGAUGCGAGUACCACUGGUGUAUAUGACUGGGUAUAAGAACACAGAGGUAUGAUUCCGGCAAACUGAGUCUGAAUUUAACAGCCGUCUCUCCCUCCUUCUUAAAAAAAUAAAAAAUAAAAGUCUUUGGAAAUCUGCACGUUCUAAUUAGCACACUGCUGUUAGUGACGCAUACGUUAAAAGCAGCGAGAAGACUUUGCACUUGAGGUUUUUUUUGGUAGAUGUGAGAUUGUGAGAGUGAGCCUCCCUCUGUGUUUGAGAACUCACUUUCCUUCAUCUCCGUAGGUUCAUAUAGUUUAUAUAGUCCCCCUCUAAUUCCAUUGGUCUGCCUGUGUCAGUGGUUCCCCUUGUAUAUAAUAUGCCCUGCAUGCGGAAAUCAAGCCUUCUAGCACUGUGAUUAAUUUCAUGUGGACUAGUAGAUUGAACCCCGUUUUCACCAUAUAUAAAAGAUAUGUAUAUUGCCUUUAAAGGAGAAUACACAGUAGUGCAAUGACUAACCUAUUUAUUUUGUUAUUAUGAGAACUGCCUAAGUGUCUUUAACUUGGGGGAUGUUAAUAGUGAACUUUGUUUGCUUGUUGAGACAAACACAUUCCACUGCAAGCCCUACAGUUUGGGGCCACUCCUGGGGCCACUCCCGGUUUGGGGCUACCCCUCGAUAGGGGCUACUCCUCCUGCCCAAACCCUCCCUCAACCCCUCCCGCUCCAGAGACACCCACAAGGUCUCGCAGCAUUGCCGACGUCCACCUCUAGGCUCGGUUCGAAGAAGUCGUUACAGGAACCUCAAGCGACUUCCGCCGCAAGACCCCCAUUUCCUCCUCCACCUCCUCCGCUCUGCUACCCUGGGAAAGCACAAAGUGGGCCUCCGCCGGGCUCGAAAAAACGGGUAGACCACCGCCCCGUCUGCUCCCGGCUGGGACACCGAGGCUAACUCCUCCAGGACUGGAACGCGAAACGCCUCACGUUAAAGGGCUACGCUACCGUUUUAGCCCUCCUGUCCGAGAGGCAGCCGCUAUCCUCCAACCCUACGAAGCACAGUCCAGCGCCGUCGCCGAUAGACGCCUGGCGAAGGACCGCUCAUGAGUACAUGAGCUGACGUGCCAUGGAUAGCACUUGUGUUCACUUUAGCUUUGCAGCUGCACUGGUGCCAUUCGCAUUUCAUGUUUGAUUUUUUUCGUGGACACUUGUGAGCAGAGUUAAGGGUGAUGUGCAUAUUGUAUUGUAUAUGAUUUUUAUACUUUUUUUUUUGUGUAAAUGUUCACAAUGCACACAUGGCAUCACGGCUGCAAACUAGACAUCAAUCAUA